AUGAAACUCCUCCUUAUCCGCCACGGCGAAACUGUCGAUAAUGUAGCUCAUAAAUACGCAGGCGUAACCGAUUCUCAUCUAACAAACCACGGUGUCCUCCAGGCUCUCCGUCUAGGGGAGCACUUGACAACCCCCAAAUCCGCUGGGGGAGCAGGGCUCAUCUUCACACACAUAUUCUCGUCGGAUUUACAACGAGCGCGCAAAACUGGACAGGCCAUACUAGAUGCUCAGCUCGUGCGAACUGGCGGAGUUAAUCUCCCUUCUCCCUCAGCGGCCACUGUAACGCAAUUGUUUGAAUUGCGGGAAGUAGAUUUUGGCAGUAGGGAAGGGACGUCUUACAGGUCUUCACGUCGUCCUACGCCCCAAAUAAUUCGAGGUCCAGAUUAUCAGAGCCGAGAGAGUAAUGAAUCCAUGGCUGCCCGGGCAGACCGUUUCAUCGACGACUAUCUAGUCCCCGCUGUGAUGGAGGUGUACUUUAAUAACAGCGCUGUGAACACAAAGAACCAUGCAAUCGCAGUGGCAUCACAUGGGAUAUUCCUCGGAACUCUAUGGAUGCGUAUAAUUACCCGCUUCCACAGAUCCAAUAUCUCAGCUUCAGCUGAAUGUUCUGGGAGGAAACCGCACUGGAGCAACACUGGAUACAUACUCCUCGACAUCCUUCCCGGUGAUAUGGAAGAAGGGCUGAAAGGUUGUAUGUGCCUAGUCGAAGGCAUGAAUAUCAAAACACAUUUGCAGGGCCUUGAGAGGGCCGGAGGAGGUGUGGGGAGUGCAAAAGCCGAUGAUAGGCAGAGACAAAUCAGCGAUUUUUUCACCCCGCAGUAG